GUUCAUUAGGCUCAAUGGGGGCAAAAGCCAGAAGGAAGCCGGGAAGGAGGAAAAGAUCGAACAUUGUGUAUAAACUGAACUCAUGGAGGUUGCACGAUAGUUAAAUUGCGCUCAAGUGGUCUUUGCCAAUGGGUUCUUUUUGGUCAACGUGAGUGAAGUUCCCAACUUUACCAUCUGGGUACUGGAUAGGAUUUAGGGUUAAAUAAAGCAAGAAAAGCUGAAAAGUUGGUUUAAUAGCUUCUUCGAAGUGUAAUGAACUUAUUCUCCCAGGUCUAGGUGGGAAGUUUGAUCUCUUAUUUCACUCCACCUUUCCACCCCAAGUAGGGUUUUGGGCAUCUUUGAUUAAAUCAGAUAUGAUUCGGGAAAAGUGCUGCUUUUGAUGUGUAUCAGUUUUCCCAGUUAAGCUGCUCCACAUCAUUUCUAUGAAUACUUUGAUGGCGUGUGUAAUUUUCUUCAGUUGAACAUGAAAGCUUGAAAUAGCCGUGUAAAUGAUGGACAGUCAAAGUAGGACAAUUGUUUGGUUCAGGAGGGACCUUAGGAUUGAGGAUAACCCAGCACUGUUGUCUGCGGCAAGGGAUGGGGUUACUCUUCCUGUUUUCAUCUGGUGCCCAAGCGAAGAAGGGAAAUUCUAUCCCGGGCGUUGCUCAAGGUGGUGGCUGAAGCAGUCACUUGCCCACCUUGACCAGUCUUUGAAAUCUAUUGGGGCGCCUCUUGUGUUUAUUAGGGCUGAGAGUACUGUCUCUGCACUUCUUCAUUGUGUCAAUGCGAUUGGAGCCACUAGAGUGGUGUAUAAUCAUCUUUAUGAUCCUGUUUCACUUGUACGAGAUCAUGCAGUCAAAAGUCAAUUAGUGGAUCAUGGAAUUGUAGUACAGAGUUAUAAUGGUGAUCUUCUGUUUGAACCAUGGGAAGUUUAUGAUGCAAGUGGGCAUGCUUUUACAACAUUUAAUGAGUUCUGGAACAGGUGCUUGAGCUUGCCUACUGAACCAGCAGCAUUUCUCCCCCCGUGGCAGUUGGUACCACCCUCAGGGAUUGAAAGUCUUGACAGUUGUUCGAUUGAGGAACUGGGUCUUGAAAAGGAAUCUGAGAAGCCAAGCAAUGCGUUGCUUGGUAGGGGAUGGUCCCCAGGUUGGAGCAAUGCAGACAAAGUGCUAUCUGUAUUUGUGGGAGAAAAUUUAUUAAACUAUUCAAAAAAUAGGAUGAAGCUUGAGGGCACUACUACCUCCUUGCUCUCACCUUACCUUCAUUUUGGUGAGAUCAGCGUAAGAAAAAUUUUCCAAAAUGUGAGAAUGAGGCAGAUACAAUGGACAAAAGAAAAUUCUGAUGCAGUCGAAAGUGUCGACUUCUUUCUUCGAUCUAUUGGUCUUCGUGAAUAUUCACGUUAUCUAUGUUUUAACUUCCCCUUCACUCAUGAAAUGUCUUUAUUGGGGAAUUUGAAGCAUUACCCAUGGCGUGCGGAUCAGGAACAGUUCAAGUCUUGGCGGCAGGGAAGGACAGGGUACCCGUUAGUUGAUGCAGGCAUGAGGGAGCUUUGGGCAACUGGUUGGAUGCAUAACAGAACUAGAGUUAUAGUUGCAAGCUUCUUUGUCAAGUUUCUUCAACUUCCAUGGACGUGGGGAAUGAAAUAUUUUUGGGAUACGCUCUUGGAUGCUGACCUGGAAAGUGACAUCCUUGGCUGGCAAUAUAUCUCAGGCAGCUUACCUGAUGGUCAUGAGCUCAUUAGACUUGACAGUCCAGAGGUGCAAGGUCGAAAAUUUGAUCCAGAUGGAGCUUACAUAAGAAGUUGGAUUCCAGAGCUUGCAAGAAUGCCCACAGAAUGGAUACAUCAUCCAUGGGAUGCUCCAACAUCUAUACUGAAAGCUGCUGGAGUUGACUUGGGAUCAAACUACCCAAAACCAAUUGUUGACAUCAAUAUCGCAAGAGAACAUCUUGAUGAUGCUUUGUCCACUAUGUGGGAACUAGAUCGAGCUGCGAAAGCCGAAAGAUUUAACGGUGCAGGCGAAGUUGUCGCGGACAAUGUCAAAAUGCAAACUUUUGAUAUUCCUACAGUGGUUGUUAGGCGAGAAGCUUCCGACAUCACAUCAUCUCUUGAUCAAAGAGUGCCAUCGUUUCAUAACAUGGAUACAAAUUUUAACAAAAAGCGAAGUAUAAAUUUAGAUUAUGUCAUGAAAAAGGAAGUUGAAUUCAGAAAUAAUGAGAAGGGAACUGUAGGUGAGGAAGAUGAUUUGAGAUCUACUGCAGAAUCCUCAUCUGCUAAGAGAAGAAGCAUCAGUGAGGCUCAAUUUUCUGUACCACUCCCAUGCUAUUCUGAAUCAGAGAGUAAAAAUCAAUGCGGGUAUGAUGCUUUCAAGCCACAAUUUUUUAGAGGUUCACCAUCAACACAACCAGUGCAGAAAGAUAAUGCCAUGGAAGCACAGUAUGAAGAGGCUGAUGUUGAGAGCUGCAAGGAGGGUCUGAGAUCAUGCAAGAGACCUGCUUAGUUGAGGAAAAUGGAAUAUCACUCUUUGUAAUUAUUAAAUAAUACCUUUAUCUUGAUGAUAUUCUAAUGCCAUAGCACAGUGAUUUUCUAAUUGUUAUGUUCAUGUUUAGGAAAUUUUGAUCCAAAUAAAAUUUGCCAAAAAAGUUAAAAAUAUUGGUGUGUAUAUCUUUUGUAAUUAAUUUUUACAUCCUAAUGUGUUUAAAUUUGUAGUUGUUGGAGAUUUGUUCA